CGCUCUCUCAGUGACGUUCGAUGACGCAAGAGGCGCGUGUCCCCGGUGCCGGCUGUCCGGUAUAAAGUGAACGGCGGAGAGGUGAAUUUCAGUGAGCUAAACCCGUUACAAGGCCAGUGAGCGUUUAAAAGCAAUCAUGUCUGCCACCAGCAGCGUUUCCUCGUACUCUGAGGAGGGCCAAACAUCCAAACUGCUCAGGAAGUCCAAAGAGGCUCCCUUUGUGCCAAUUGGUAUGGCGGGCUUCGCUGGGAUUGUGGCUUACGGUCUUUAUAGGCUGAAAUCCCGGAACACGAAGAUGUCUGUCCACCUGAUCCACAUGCGAGUGGCCGCACAAGGAUUUGUCGUUGGAGCAAUGACUGUGGGGGUGGUCUACUCCAUGUACAGAGAGUACUUUGUGAAGCCCCGGGAGCAGGAGAAGUAGUGACGCCGACCACCGUGAUGCCUUUCAUCAGCGCCGCAGUGCACGUGAAGCGCGUCUCACAAGUUUUAUUAAGAGUUUUGUUUUAUUUUCUUACACUUAAACGUAUUUAUUAAUUAACGUUAGAGCGUGGCACACAUCCUCCGAAUGGGACCAGAAUGGCAGCAGCGUUUACCAGACUUGAACACUUGACUUGGCAGCAGGAUGAGUGGCAGAGCUGAUCCUCAUACCCAGGAUGGAGCAGGAGACGCUUUUAUUUUUAUUACCAAACCUGUAAAGUAUUUAAAUUCUAAAUCUUGAAAGUCCUUCUUACUGACCACAUAAACCCUUCAAGUUGAC